AUGAAAGUAAUAUAAGAUGUAAAAAAAUUGCACUUAGAUCUCCAAAAGCCUGAAAAGAGCCAUAAAUAUAAAUAGAUCAUAGAAGAAUUAUCUGAAUACUUUCUUUUUGGAGAUCAUCAAAAAGAAGAAAUAUUUGAUUAUUUGGCUGAACAUAAUAUAUUAAGCCUAUUUUACCAGAAACUCAAAUCUGCUAAUCAUCAGUUAACUAUUUUUAUUAUUGAAAGGACAUCCAUGGUUAUCACUAAUCUUUAAAAUCCACUCAAUAUAAAUUAUGCCUUAAGCAACCCAGCUUUGCAUGAUUUUAUUAACCAUAACUACGACUUUAAUAAUCCAGAAAUAGUAGAUUAUUAUGUGAAUUUCUUAAAGACUAUUGCUAUCAGAAUUAAUAGAGAAAAUUUUUAUCUUUAUUUCAAUUAGCGAUAUUGUACCUUCCCAUUACUAUGGUAGGCUUAGAAGUUUAUUGACUAUCCAGAUGAAUUAGUUAAGAACACCAGCUAAAAUAUAGUUCUCAGUUUAUCAAAAUUGUCAUCUGAGCCAAAAAAAGGGAAGCAAACAGAAUCAGUUAUUGUUAAUUAAACUAAAAUUAUGGUUUAAUUUAAACUUUAUCUAACCUCUUCGCCUUUUAAAUAAGUAUACAAUAAAUACACAUUACAAAUCUAAUAAAUGCUAGGGACUUUCAAAAUAGAUUCACAAGAUCAACUAGAUAAACUUGAAGAUGUUCUUAUGUUUUUUAAUGAUCUCUUAACCGAAUGCCCGUUCCUAUCUACUCUUCUGGAGAAGUUAAUUUUAGAUAAACUAAUUUAGCCAAUCUUAGAUGGCCUUUUACUUGGUAGAAAAACUUCAUUUACACUUGGAUAUGAAGUAGGACUAUUCACAAUUUACCUAUUCCUUACGAAAUUGCCUUUAGUAUAUUCAAUAAUGUCCUUUUUUUGUGAAGAUUAAAUAUUUAUUGAUGAGACCAUUCAGAAUUAAAAAGAAGAGAAAUAAUAGUAAUAAUGGAUAUAUGAUACAAAGAAUGUUGAGUUAGAAUUCUAACAUAUAUUCUAUAAAGAAUUGGAGAAUAAUUCGGAGAUGAAAGAAUUGAAAAAUAAGAAAAUCAAUUUAAUAGUUAAUCCAUAUAGAAAUCAAUUUUUAGAGCUGCUAAGAUCAAAACACAACACAAUAUUGCAUCUCUAUUUAUCCAUCUGGUUUGUUGCCAAAUAAAAUAAUUACUAAAUACCAUCAAUGUAGAUUAUCAAUGUAAAGAUUAUUUCUAAUUAGAUAAUAAAUUUAAAAGAGGAAAUUGUUUACUCAAAAAAGCUUCUUGAGUUAAUAAUUCUAUUAACGAUCAAUGAGGAUUUGAAUGAGUUGAAACAAUUGUAUUAACAAUUAAAAAAUAAGGUCGUAUCUAUAAUUUAAAAUUUAAAAGUUACAAACAAAAAAUAAAGUGAAGGGUUAUUUGUCAAUUGGGAUAUUAUAGAAAAUUUUGAUUGGGAUAACUUUACAAAUUCUCAACCUGUCUUAAAAUUAGAGGAUUUGAAACCAUAUAAUCAUAAUAAUAAACUUUCAGAUUUUAACUAUGUGUAUUUGUGGAUUUUAUUGAAAUGCUCAGUUAAAAAUUAUAAGAAAAAGGGAGUAUAAAACCUAUACAAAAUUAACAAAGAAAUAGAAGUUUAUUAGGCUUGUGAAUUGAUACAAUUAGCAAAUUAAUAAAAUUAUUUAAUUCUUGAUGUAAAUUCAGGUUAUUUGAUUCACACUGUCCUUUAAAAAAACUCUUAAUCAGGAAUUGUGAAAUUUGUACAACCUCUAAAAGCAAUAGAAUGCUCUUUUAUGGAAGACGUUUUGAUUCUAGAAUGCAAUAAUCUAUGCAUCAAUUAAUUUUAACCAUAUCAUGUAAAAAUUCAAUCAGAUGUUCUAACAUCAGUAAUUGACAGAAUUUACUAAGCCUAACAAUCUAUGAGUUAAUUAAUUAUUAAUAAAUUGGAAGCACUUUAUGAUGAAAAAACUGAUUUUUUGUUAAUAAAUUGA